GCAACUAAUCCGCUCUUCCAAUUUAUACCAAUGGCAAAGAGGCAUCAUCGUAAUGGGUGGGGAUGGAAUCAUGUAUGAAAUUUUAAAUGGCAUCAUGGAACGAUUAGAUUGGCAUAGAGCUUUAGAAAAUUUAACACUUGGCAUCAUUCCGUGUGGUUCUGGUAAUGGCCUAGCUAAAUCAAUCAGUUACAGUUGCAAUGAGCCUUUUGAUGAAAAUCCAGUCCUUGUGUCUUCAUUGAAUAUUCUGUGUGGUAUCAAAGCACCCUUGGAUUUAAUGCGUUUUGAAAGCAAAUCAAAAACUGUGUUUUCAUUCCUAUCGGUUGGUUGGGGCCUUAUAGCAGAUAUUGAUAUUGAGAGUGAACGUUUGCGAGUAUUGGGAAGUCCUAGGUUCACCAUCUGGAGUUUAGCACGUAUAAUUGGUUUACGUAAAAAUGAAGGAAGACUCUCCUUUUUGAGGAUCUCAGAUGAAAAAUUACAAGGGAAAGUGCAUAGAGAAAAUUUAACAGCAACUUUGACCAGAAGUUUCAGUGACUGUCUAACAGACUUCAGUUCUCCUCUCUCCUCGUACCGUAGUUUGAAUCAACUUGAUUCUUUGAACUUGGAAACAAAAGAGCGUUUAGACCAUAGUCGGAGGGACUCGUUCCAUUCCUUAUGCUCUAGAAAAUCCACAUAUUUAUCGGCCCAUGAGUCUGAUUACUUAUCUUUAUCUGAUGACUGUAAUAAUAGCAAUACUCAAAUGUUCGGACCACCAUCACAAAUUCCAGCUUUAACACAGCCUGUCCCUCCACAUUGGACUGUGUACGAAGGAGAAUUUGUAAUGGUACACGCAGUUAGUGUUUCUCAUAUUGCUGCUGACUGCUUAAUUGCCCCUGAUGCAAAGAUGAGUGAUUCUGUGAUCUGGUUAAUUGUCAUCAGAGCUGGUAUUUCUCGGACUCACUUAUUUCAGUGUUUGAUAGGCCUUUCAUCUGGAGCACACGUAAAUGUACCGGGUGUUGAAGUGAUUCCUGUUCAGGCAUUCAGAUUGGAACCAAAGUCCACUGGCAGUCACAUUGUGGUAGAUGGGGAGCUGCUGGAUUAUGAACCUUUCCAAGUGGAAAUAGUUCCUGGUAUCGCCUCUGUCUAUUCAAGACAGGGUCAAGAAAAUUAAGUCCUUCAUGCGUUUAUAUUUUCACUGGAUUAAAAACUUGUUAAUUCGAUGUCUUUCAAUUUUCGGGAAAAAUGUUAAAGUCAAAUGUCAGUAAGUGACUAGAGGUAACUUCCUUUAUUAUAAAAGGCAUAAUUUCUCCCUCCAGGUUUUUCUACCUUUAUGUUGUUUGUUUAUUAUGGUUCUUAUAAUUUAGGUCUCCUAAAAGACUGGGACAACUUAAAAAAACGAGCAAGCCUUCUAAAGGCUCAUUGAAACUAUUUUGACUUGAGCUCCAAAUAGCGUACCCUCAGGUAUCGAAAAUUUAUUUAAAAAAUUUUGUUGCUUUAGAUAUAUUUUGUGUAUUUUUUUAAGUUUUUCAGUUGGAUUGUACAUUCAGGAUGGACCCAGUCAUGCUUUGGUCCUGAAAUUUUUGUUUCUCUAAUCUUUAGAGGGCUCAGCAGAGACAUUUACUUCCUUAUUGCACCAUCUACUGACUUUAAAUUCAUUCUAGAUAUUAUUCCCCUGUAAGAUUUUAGAAGAUAUCAGGUAUUCGUUGAAAUAAUUAUCUCUUUUCUUAUAUUUAGUGUUGUUCCAAAUCAAUAUCAUUAUUUCGAGGAGGAAACGUAAAGCACUGAUGUUAUAGGUGACAGGUGGAAAUGUCCAAUAAAAAAUGUCCAAUAAACAAAAUGUCCUAUUUAAAAUGUCCAAUUGUCAUAAUGUCCGCGACAAAAUGUCCAAAAGCUAAAAUGUCCAGAAUUCAAAAUGUCUCCUAUAUGUAAAAUGUCCCAUAUGCAAAAUGUCCCUUAUGUCCCAUAGGUCCACAUAUAUGCAAAAUCAAAAUGGCUUGACAUCAGCUUACGUAAUGCCUCAAGCCUCUCCUUCUUCGUUUUCUUCUUCAAUUCUCUUGGGUUUUUUCAAUCUGUAGGAAAUGGCUCUCAGAUAAACAUCAACCGCUUCAUCUUCCUUGUAUUGCCCAUAGCUAGCCACGAUACUUUCCACUCUGGCUUGAUAACUGAUAUACCGGCGACUAAUCGGAUGUUUUAUUUGAGUGUGACCACCUCGAAUCUGCGUAAUAAGCUGUUCUACGUCAUUUUGUUCAGCUUGGAUGUGCUCAAUAAAUCGCCAAAUAUUCACGUGGUGCGCUGAUAUUAGCCUCUGCAAUAAACUGUGCCACCCUUCAACAACGUUCGUCGUUCUGUGCAUUCUGUUGGUAACUGAUUCAUGUACAUUCCAGAAUUCUGGUGGGAAACCGGAGGUCUUGCCGCCAUCCUUCCCCGUGCCCGGUAACCUCGAAUGUAUGUGUGCUCUAUGUAGGAGGCCAGGUCCAGUAUGUCUUCGUCUUCAAUGUCCGCGACGAUAUCGUCAAACACAUCUGUUAAGUCUUCCAGAGGGACGAACGGUAAUCCGAAAAACUGCUGCAUUUGCCGCCUUCUAUCCGGGUUCUCUCGAUCCAUAUAUGCUCCACGUAGACCCCUGCUGACAAUAUUUCUCCAUAUGCUUUGGCUGAAAUGAAACAAGCAUCCCCGUAAUAUUGCAUCCGGAAAUGCAGCUCGGAAAGCAUUAAUAGCAGCUUGUUCAAAGUCCGUCAAAACGUACUCCGGAGCGAUGGCAAUUUCUCCCGCAAUGUUUAAUAGCUGCUGCAACAUGGCUGUAUAUGACUCCUGCGUCUUCCUUUCCAUAAUGACGUAAACUAAGGGAAAGACGUGUCCCUGAAAUGAUCCGUGUAUCGUGUACAGCUGCAUGAAUUGUUGCGGCACGGUCUUGAAUGUUCCAUCACCGUAAAUCAGCCUGGAAGUUGAUAAGAUUCUUAAGUUUCCUUCUGUUGUAAAAAUUAAAAAUCUAUUAUCCGGUAAGGCCUCUGCCGAGUCAUAAUGUAGGAAUAAUUCUUGAUUUUUUGUCGAGUUGUACGGUGGUUCGAUAACGAUAUCCUGUAACGAAGCUGGAACUGGCGGCCGCUCUUUAUUUUGUACGGAAUUAACAAUACCCCUCAAUAAAUUUCUAUCAGGCAAGGUCAUUAGCACAUCCUCGGCACUUACCGUGCAUUGCAUAUUUUCCGCUCCUCACACCGCCAAUAAAAUGAGGUCCCCCCUUUGUUUCUGGAAUGAUACUGGUACACGUACCCGUUGUGAAGUAAAAGUUUGCCCCUGCUGCCAUCCUUCCUAACCUUUUGAGAAGAAAUAACCUCAACGACGUUCAUAUUGUUUGUAACUGCACAUUUUAAAUUUGGAAAAAACAAGAAGAAGAAAAAAAAUUGGCCAGCCGUGGCAAAGAAACGAUGAAACCACUACACAAUUUAGGUCCAAUCAUACACAACAUAUUAAAAAUGAAAGACUAUGCAAAUUUUAUGGCACUUACGAUUUCAGUUUUUGAUCCAAAUUGAGAAGUACGAUUGACAAUUCUGUUUCCUGCAGCAUCGUCAUGGUAAUCUCAAAUAUGAAAACCUACACUCAUUCAUAAUCAGUGUUCCCGGGUGCUCCGUGUGCGAGAUCCGUACGCUCUACCGCUCUCCGUGCUGCUAUUGGCUGAGCGUCAUUCUGUGACGUCACGCGUACGGAUAGUUUAAGAUAGGGAAGAGUUUUUCCCAAAAGGUUUUUGUCCGUACGCGGUCCGUGUCGGUAUAGGGAAUGUCCGCGCGGCACGGAUAAAUCCGUACGCCUGGCAUCACUGUUCAUAAUAUGAAAUUAACUUCAGCUGUCUCUCUGACCUGUUGCCACAUAUAAAGGCGAGGCAAAAGACACUUGUUUUACGCCCGUUUAAGUUUCGGACAUUUUAGGUUUUGGACAUUUUGGGUUUUGGGCGUUUUAAAUUUUGGCCAUUUCAGCCUCUGGACAUUUUGUCGUGGACAUUAUGACAAUUGGACAUUUUAACCAGGACAUUUUGUCUCUUGGACAUUUUACGCUGGACAUUUCCACUGAGCACCAUGUUAUAACUAAGUUUUAGAAACUUUCAGGCCUCCUUUGUCUCAUCCAAGAAUUCUGAAAUUUCGAAGGAAACCAAAUAAGCCUCUAAAAUAGUUUUGUAAUUUGUUUGUUUUAUUCUUUUUUCUCAGAGCUUUUAUCGAUGCAAGAGGCAUUUUUUUGCACAAUCUAUGGUGAACUGUGAUGAUUCUUGUAAAAGUAAGAAACCCUUGAAUUGACAAGGGUUGUUUCUAAAGUAAAUAUAUUUUUGUUUUUACUUCAAAACUACCCGUACAAUUAAUAUCUUUUGAAACCCACCUAUCGGUUACACUCUCAGCUUUCAAACAAGGUGGCAUGAUGACAGAGAAUGCCUAGGACCCUGUUCGCAUGAGAAUGAACACUGCAGGGCUGAGGUCAAGGAAACAAAAAAAAUUAGCAAUGAAAAAAAUGCGCAAAAUGGCCGCAGUUGGAGAUACGACCUAUGUUGGGGCAGGCAAAAUCGAUUGAACGGAGGUUAGUGCAAUCUCCCAUUUCUGCGCCAUGUUUAUGACGUACUAGUAGGGACUCGAGUGGCACGAAGUUUGAAUUGACACAUCUGGUGCGAGUUGUGCGCUAGCAGACCAAUGCCAUUAAUAACAAUUUCAUUUGCACACAUUAUGUAUAGAAACAGAAUAUGAAAGUAUGUAUUAAUUGAACACAUUUCAAACAUU